UAAGAUAGACAAUUGUAUGCUGGCCAAAAUAGCGGACCUUCUGGGCUACUCAACCACGUCCUCCUCUCUUUUCCGUCAUGAAACCUAUCCUUGUCCGGAAUAAGUACCAGUUAGACCUCCGGCUUGGCGGCGGCUCUUAUGGCGAAGUUGUAUCAAGGUUAGUGCGGAUUCAAAGGAUAUUGCAAGGGAAGCCUAAUCGAUAUCGCAGGUCACGACCUUCAAACCGGACAAAACGUCGCUUUGAAGCUCGAGUACAACCAACUCAGUCCUUCACAUCUUAUGAAUGAAGUCGAAAUCUACAAAGAACUCGCCGGAGCGAUAAGCCGAAUCUGAGGAUACGGAGGUGCCGAGGUAGGACGUGCCCUUAGGACAAAUAUCUUGAGAGUUCCGCUAGAUUGCGGCGAGAAGCUCCAAUAAAGCCGCACAUUUACUCACCAUCCAGAAGGCGCUACGAGUGAGCAGUCAAGCAUGGAAUGGAAAAGGAAGGAGAAGAAACUUGGGUGCUGGGGGGAGGGGGUGGCGGAUUCAGCCAGUGCAAAUGGCUCGCGCAAGGGGUCGAUUGGUGUGCAGAGCAAUAUUAGGACGGGGCGAAGCAAAAGGAAAAGAGAAACUAAAGUGUGGA